AUGGCAACUACAGUAUUCUGCCUAUUUGUACUGGUAGCUACUGGUCUUUAUGGCUUGGGCCGAGUUGUGUACAAUGUUUUCUUCCACCCACUGCGAAAAUUCCCAGGGCCUUGGAUGGCCGGGGCUACGUCGAGUUGGAAAGCAUAUAAUGAAGUUAUCAGACAACAGUCGGCGGUUCAUGAGCUCUUUGGUCUCCAUAAAGAAUAUGGUGAUAUUGUCCGCGUUGCUCCGAACGAGCUCCAUUUCGGAACCCCCAGUGCGUUUCACGAUAUAUACCAUAGCAGCAAAAGGUGGGACAAGGACACGGGACUUUACCGAACCCCCGGGGUUUCAUCCGGAUCCUUCACAUUUUUGAAGUAUGCCCAGGCAAAGGAACGACGGGAGGUGAUUCUUCCCAUUUUCUCCAAGAAAGCCAUCAAUAGCCUUGAGCAUCUCGUCUGGCGAAAUGCAAAUCGCCUUGCAUCUUCCAUCGCCAAAGCCAAUGCAUCAAAAAGGUCUGUUGACCUACUCUACGCAUUCCGAUCCUAUACCCUCGACACCAUAAUGUGCUUCACAUUCGGCAACUGCAUAAACGCCCUCGAUGCACCGGCAUUCAGCGACCCUUUGAUUCUAGCCAUGGAUGCCAGCCUUCGUAUGCUGCCAUUCAUGAAGAACUUCCCUAUGAUCCGAGAUCUCAUCUUUGCCGUGCCACCGGCCCUGGUCAUGCGUCUCAUUCCCAACGCCCAGAAACUAGCACCACGCCUGUACCAGGUCCGGGAUCUGGUCCAGCAACAGCUUCAAGUCGUACUAAACUGCCCUUCAAAGCUUGAUGAUGUGCCCCACGAGACCCUCUUUCACCGCAUGCUUGACCCAGAAUCAUACCGGAGCAAGGAAGUCCUAAAUAUGACAGAGCUACACGACGAAGGGUUCACACUUAUCUUCGCAGGCUCCAACACAGUAGCUGACACAUUGCUUAUGGGUCAUUGGCACGCAAUGCAAAACCAGAACUUGCUAUCCCAACUGCGAAGCGAGAUCCUUAGUGUCUGGCCAGACAUCGAAAAACAGCCAUCCCUGACAGAUCUCGAGACCCUACCACUCCUCACAGCAACCAUCAAAGAAUCCCUCCGUUUUAUUCCGUCUGGAGUAUCGUUAACGCGCGUCGUACCUCCAGGGGGCGCUGCCAUAGCAGGACAGCAGAUCCCCGGCGGGACGGUGGUUGGGAUGGCUAUUUUACACGUGCACCAGAACGCCGAAGUGUGGGGUAAGGAUGCGCUUGUGUUCCGACCGGAACGGUGGCUGGAGAGCGCGGAGCAGGCAAGCUCUCAGAACGGGAAGAGUGAAUUGGAUCACUGGCUCGUUCCGUUUAGUCGGGGGCCGCGCAUGUGCUUUGGUAUGAACUUGGCUUGGGCGGAGAUGUAUAUCGCUUUUGCGACUAUGAUUAGGCGCUUUGAUUUGACUAUUAAUGGCACCACGGAGGAGGAUAUGAAAUGGCGGGAGUGUAUUGCGGCAUAUUAUCCUAACAGGCACUUGCAUGCGUGGUGCCGCCCGAUUGGGUCUGGGAAUAUGAAGUGA